GAUCCUCACCUGAUUCCUGCCCCAUUGUAUAAAAGCAUCUUCCCCGCUUUCCCCGUUCUCGUUCUUCUUCUUCCUAUUCCUCCAUCACUUCCCAGUUCUCAACUCUUGCUUCUCUCUUUCUUCAUUCCUUUGCCGCCAGCCACCGAGAGAUCAACGGCGUUGGAGUCUACAUCGGAAGCCCUCUACUCACAGGCAUUGGUUUGAGAGUGUUUUAAGUUUGGCAAUGGAAACUGGAGGUAAUUCCUUACCAUCUGGACCAGAUGGGGUGAAAAGGAAAGUCAGUUACUUCUAUGACCCGGAGAUUGGGAACUACUAUUAUGGGCAAGGUCAUCCAAUGAAACCUCACAGAAUUCGGAUGACACAUGCUCUUCUUGCACAUUAUGGGUUGCUGCAGCAUAUGCAUGUUUUAAAGCCCAAUCCUGCCAGGGAAAAGGAUCUCUGCAGGUUUCAUGCAGACGAUUAUGUUUCUUUCUUGCGUUGUAUAACUCCUGAAACUCAGCAAGAUCAGUUGAGGCAGCUUAAAAGAUUUAAUGUUGGUGAGGAUUGUCCUGUUUUUGAUGGUCUGUACUCAUUCUGUCAAACAUAUGCUGGAGGCUCUGUGGGUGGGGCUGUGAAGUUGAACCAUGGACAUUGUGAUAUUGCUGUAAAUUGGGCUGGUGGGUUGCAUCAUGCUAAGAAAUGUGAGGCUUCGGGUUUCUGCUAUGUGAAUGAUAUAGUGCUUGCAAUUUUGGAACUUCUUAAAGUGCAUGAGCGUGUUUUGUAUGUUGACAUUGAUAUUCAUCACGGGGAUGGUGUUGAAGAGGCAUUUUAUACUACAGACAGGGUCAUGACUGUUUCAUUUCAUAAAUUUGGAGAUUACUUUCCUGGUACUGGGGAUUUACGAGACCUUGGAUUUGGAAAGGGGAAGUAUUACUCUCUUAAUGUUCCACUAGAUGAUGGAAUUGAUGAUGACAGCUAUCAAUCUUUGUUCAAGCCAAUAAUGGGCAAAGUGAUGGAGGUUUUUAGGCCUGGUGCAGUGGUCUUGCAAUGUGGUGCUGACUCCUUGUCUGGAGACAGGUUGGGUUGCUUUAACUUGUCAAUUAAGGGUCAUGCAGAAUGUGUAAGAUACAUGAGAUCAUUUAAUGUCCCACUGCUGUUGCUCGGUGGAGGUGGCUACACAAUACGUAAUGUUGCUCGUUGCUGGUGUUACGAGACUGGUGUCGCACUUGGAAUGGAACUUGAAGACAAGAUGCCCCAGCAUGAAUAUUUUGAAUAUUUUGGUCCAGACUAUACUCUUCAUGUUGCCCCAAGUAACAUGGAAAAUAAAAAUUCUCGUCAGAUUUUAGAAGACAUCCGAACAAAGCUUCUUGAUAAUCUCGCGAAACUUCAGCAUGCACCCAGCGUGCCAUUCCAGGAGCGACCCCCGGAUACUGAACAUCCUGAGGCGGAUGAAGAUCAAGAUGAGGAAGAUGGAAAAUGGGAUCCUGAUUCUGAUGUAAACAUGGAUGGAGAUGAUCGUGUUCCUUUGUCUAGUGGAGUGAAGAGGGAAUAUGUUGAGCCUGAAUCAAAGGAAACGGAUGAUAUGGAUGAAGAUGAGCGGCCAAGAGAAGCAGACCCAAUGCUUACAGAGUCAGCUGGUUUAAAGGAACCAAAUUCAGUAUUUGCUGCUGUAGAUGAACCAAAUGUUAAAUUGGAACCUGGAAAUUCAAGUAAGCCAUUUGAUCAGCCUGUUGACAAGAAUCCUUGACCUCGUACAUGUUUUUGAAGUAGAGCUGGUGUAUUUAAUGUAAAUCCUAUUGCCUCUGUUUUGGCAUGCUAGUGAUUUAAUUUGGUGCACUUGCUACUUCUGUAAGAAUUCUUCUGUCUCCCAUAUACUUAUCUUUACUUUUCACCUCUACCACGUAUCCUCUCUUUUUGGGGUGCAAAAAAUGUAAAACAGUUGAAAAUAUGGCAUCUUGAGUUAAAAGUAGGAAAUGGUUUUUAGGCAAAAGAGCCUAAGAUGGCAUGCUCUUAGCAA